AUGGAGAAGGCGACCCGUUCGAGGGAUCAGAACGCGACUUCCAUCCUCUGGGCCCACCAAAUCCGGCGUGAAAACGUCGAAAUCGUCCAUCAACUCGACGACACCAGAGCCGAACUCGCUUCGACGACAAGCACCGUAAACGAUCUCAAACAAAGGAUCGAAGAGCUGAGCCAUCAGGUGGAAAUCAGACCUUGCCACGUCGAUGAGAUUCUGCAAGGGAUCGAAGGUCGAUUCAAUGAAAGUCUCCAGACUGUACUCGACCGGAUCAAGGCCCUGGAAACCGAGAAUAACCUACUGAAGAGAAAACUCGAGUUCCUUGAGCGUAGGUCUGCAUCACCUGCGACUACGUUACGAUCUCGAGUGGAUGCACCCGUGCAGACAAUAGUCUUCGAUUCAGCGAAUGGUUCUUUGGGUCUGGAUAAUGGUCCAGGUCCAGAGUCAGAAAUACUUGUUCCCGAUUCUAUGCCGAUGGACAAGGCGCAAGCACAGCAACAGUACCACUUUGUACGAUCCCUCUCUGAGACUACAUGGGGUUCACCCAGUCUAUCCGGGGAGCAAGAGAGUCAGAGUCAGACCAAUCGAAUCCCAGAGCGUAAUAUCGAGCCAGACGAGAGUGUGGGUCAACUUAUGAAGCAGAAUGGCAGAACACUGGUUGAUUAUUUAUCGCAUGCUGAGAGAAUCCAAAGUCGCAUGUUACAAUCGGGAGUGGGACAAAAGACCCCGAUGGUGGAGGCUUUUGUGCAAGGAGUAGACGGUCCGAGUACCAGGACUAUGUUGGAAGAACGACUGCGUUUUGCUGGAUAUUCGUGGCAGGCUCUGACGGGCGUUAUUCAUGAUAUUGUCGAGAAGAGUGAAGUUCGAAUGGUUGAGAAGUCAGGCCCAGUCGAGGGGAAUGGAUCAAUCGGAAGUACUACAGGACGGACCCCAGCGGAGAACCAGUCUAAAUGCAGACCUAAAAGGAAAAGAAGAUUUAUCCCCAUAGUGCCCGCCGAUGAAGAAGAGCUGCUUGAAAUCCGUGCAUCCCGGCAGGUAUGGCCUGGUACCGAAGUCCAUGUCGGAUAG